ACAAUGGGGUAAUCUAAGCUCUCUACAUCUGAAUAAGAAACUAUAUCUGACAGAUAACGACACGAUGCAUAUUGUUUUCUUAAAGUUCAAAAAGAAAUUAACAAUAAAGAAUAACUUUCAGAAUCAAAAGCCAUUGGGAACCCUUGAAUCCAAAGCUUCACCAUCACCUAACCUGACCAACCUUGUCUUUUAAGCAACAAUAUAAUUUCAUACUCAAAGAUCCCACUUCAUCAUUCCUCAUAUAAUGUAUUCUAAAGGACAUCAAAAUUCAAAUUGAUUACCAGAGAAAGACUCUUCUCAGGAGCCCCCGGCUUGUGCUCCCUCCGGUCAGAAGCUAGUCUUCUCAUAUGGGGUCUGUUCAAGUGCCACUUGGUAUAAGAAGUUCAGCAUUGCUCGAGACAUCAUGCGGAUAUUUGCUGCAAGAAUUACAGAUGAUAUGGGAUGAAGUGGGAGAAGAUCAGUUUGAGAGGGAAAAGGUUUUAGUGGACAUUGAACAGGAGUGUCUGGAAGUUUACAGAAGGAAGGUUGACAAUGCAAACAUCUCCAGAGCUCGACUUCAUCAAGAAUUGGCAGAUUCAGAGGCUGAGUUCACCCAUCUCCUUUUAUUACUCGACGAAAGAUCACUCCCCGGAAGGCCAGAAAAGAUGGCUGGAACACUAAAGGAACAACUAGAGUCAAUUGCACCUGCUCUGAGAGAGAUGCGAAUCAGAAAAGAAGAAAGGGUGAAACAAUUCAGAGCAGUUCAAGGACAAAUACAGAAGAUUUCUGCUGAAAUAGCAGGCCAAUCAGAGUACAAUGAUUCAUUAUCAAAUGUUUUACCAAAUGGGAAUGAUCUAUCACUAAAGAAACUAGAAGAGUUCCAGAACGAGCUUCAGCGGCUUCAAAAUGAGAAGAUUGAGAGGCUUCAAAAGGUUGAAAACUACACUAGCAUGAUCCGGAGCUUAGCAGCAACGCUGGGAACAGAUUCUUCUUUGAUCAUUACAAAGGUUCAUCCAAGCCUGAACGAAUUAUCUGGACUAUCAAAAAACAUUAGUGACAGUAUAUUGGAAAAACUUGACAGCACAGUUCAGUCACUAGAAGCAGAUAAAAGAAUACGGCUUGAAAAGCUUCAACAACUAGGGAAAGCGUUGACAAACUUGUGGAAUCUCAUGGACACACCCCAGAAAGACCGUGUGAUGUUCUCUAAUGUCACUGCUUUGAUAUCAUUGUCAUCAGAAGAUAUCUCCAUUCCUGGAAGCCUUACUCUGGAUAUAAUCCAGCAGGCUGGCACAGAAGUCAGGAGACUGGAUCAGCUAAAAGCAAGCAAGAUGAAAGAGCUUUUCCUCAGAAAACAAAUAGAGCUUGAGGAGAUCUGCAAGCGAUCCCACAUGGAAAUUCCCACACGGCCAGAGAUGGAAAAUAUAAUUAAACUAAUGAACUCUGGGGAGAUUGACCAUGCUGAUCUCCUCGCGAGCAUGGAUAAACAGAUAUCACAAGCACAAGAAGAAGCAUCUAGCAGGAAGGCUAUAAUGGAGAAGGUAGAAAAAUGGAUAUUAGCUCGUGAUGAGGAACGAUGGUUGGAAGAGUAUAGCAGGGACGACAACCGGUAUUCUGUAAGUAGAGGUGCUCACAAGAAUUUGAGAAGAGCAGAACGAGCCAGAGUCAUGGUUAACAAAAUACCAGCUUUGGUGGAUAUGCUGAUAGCAAAGACUAAAAGCUGGGAGGAAGAAAGAAAGAAACCUUUUGUAUAUGAUGAGGUACCACUACUUGCAAUGCUGGAGGAGUACAAUUUUCAAAGGAAAGAAAGAGAUGAAGAGAAACAAAGACAACGGGAAAAGAAGAAAGCGCCGAAUCAGGUGUCAGUUGGACAAGAAAAUCUCUUUGUUCUGAGGCCAAGCACCAGCAGCAAGCGUAUUUCUGGUGGAAGCAUAAAUGGAGGCUUCAACAAGGCUACACCUUUGAAUAGAAAGUUUUCUUUGGGUAUACAACAGCUGGGAUCAACGACCAUUAACACACCACAACAAAGCAUUUAUCUGCUAAAGGAAGCAAAGAAAGAACACCAUAGAAAGAUCCUUACCCAUAGUCGCUUUGCUUUUCAUCCAGGAGAUGAUUCAGCUUCGGUAGUCUCAUCAUUUUCAGGCCCCUUUUCACCUUAGCUUCUGUGUAUGGUUAAUAAUUUUGAAUUUAUUUGAGUUCACUAACCUGAUCAAUCUAAUAAGUAAUUCCUUAGUAGGGAGGCAAAUUCAUGCAAAGGGGUAAUUUACAUUGUCAAGGCUUUCUGCAAUUUAUUAAAAAGGACACUAAUAGACAGCUGGGAAAGUUUGUUGCGGAGUAUCUGAAAAUAAAAACCCAUAUAGAGUGUCUUGUCCCCUUGUUACAAGCAUCAAUACAUUCACUCCCUCUUUUGUGCUCUAA